AUGUCUUUGAUGAGUGAUCAAGAGCUUGAGGUUAAAGCGCUAGCGCAGUAUACAAUGUCUUGUGGUAUAUUUUGUGAACAUUGUCACCAUACACAACGGUGUGUAGCCCCCACAAAUGAAAAUUUUCGGGAACGUUUUUGUCACCUGUGUCGUGCGGGUCUGGCGGGUACUUUGCAAGCAUACCGUGCGGAGAAACAUAUGGGGCUGUUAGAUGGAACACCUGAUGAAAGAAGUCGAUUUAUGUCCACAGGGGUUGUGUACAACGUUAACCCGAAGCGUUACGAAUAUGUUGAUGUGAAAACAGGUGAAACGUUUUGUGCCUUAAAUCAUGCUACAGAUGCAGCGUAUGCGGAAUUUCAAGAAUAUAAAAAAACAUGUGAUAAAGAACAAAAAUAACAAUAUAAAACGCUUAUUGAGUUUUCAACGAUAUACACUUUUUUAGAUACAGUCCGAUGAACAAAAGUAAUAUUUGUAAUAAUUAUAUGGUAAUAUAAAAAUAUGAAUAUGGAUAUGCGUAUGUAUAAAAGUAAAACAAUUGUGUAUGUAUUUUUUGUAUAUCGAAAAUAUGUCUUCAGCACGGUCAUAUUAUUUUGAGCAUAUUACACCGUUGUCGCAACCUUAUAAUCAAUGGCAUGUUGUACAAGAAGUAUUAACGCAAAUGGGAAUGAAAUAUUUUAAAUAUUUACAAUACACAUUACAAUUGUGCGAAAAAACAGUGGGCAUUGUACAGUUUGAUGAACGCGUGAAUAUAUCGAAAUUGAAGAUAGCAUUUAACGAUGUUCAGUGCAACAUUUCUCUAUUACAGCACGUACAUUUGCCUAUGGUCAUACCACAUUUGCGAAUAUGGCUGUUGUGUCGUCACCACGAUUUACCCGAAUCGAUGAUUCAAGAACGGGGACGGUUUGCGUUGGGUGGGCGAAAUCGAAAUUUAGAAGAUGAUAUGACACCCUAUGAAGAAUUAAUUAAGACUUUUCUUCGAAGUUUGCCGUUUACCGUUUGCUCACAUUUCAAAGGAGGUCGUGAAAUUUGCGAUUAUGCGAACGCAUUAAAUAGACUACCCGUCGACGGUAUAUAA